AUGUGCAAGCAGUCAGGAAUGGUCACUCUACUGGACACUGUGGCGUUGGAAAUAACUGACUGCAUGCAGAUUCAAGGGGAACAUGAGAGGUGUUCAGGCUACAGUGUGGUUUUGAUGCAGCACACAGACUCACACUCUCUGCAGUACCUUUAUAUAACAAUCACACCAGGACUACAUUUCCCAGAGUUCAUUUCAGUGGGUCUGGUGGAUGGAGAGCAGUUUGUUUACUAUGACAGUAAGAUCACAAAGAAGAUCCCAAAGACAGAGUGGAUUGAGAAGAAUGAGGGGAAAGAUUACUGGAAUGAAGAGACACAGACCAGUCAGGAUCAUCAGCACAAGUUCAGACGUGACGUGACGACUCUAAUGAAGCUCUUCAACCAGACUGAAGGAGUUCACACACUGCAGCAGAUAUACGGCUGUGAGCUGGAUGAAGAUGGUACUAUUAGAGGAUUCUGGCUGUACGGUUAUGAUGGAAAAGACUACAUCAGCUUUGAUCUGAACACUGAAACCUGGACUGCCACUAAUGCUAUAGCUGUUAUUACCAAAAGGAGGUGGGAGAGUGAAGAUGAAGCUCUUCAUGUUGAAGCCUACCUGCAGAAUGAAUGCACUGCAUGGUUACAGAAGUAUGUGGGUUACAGCAGAUCCAGUCUGGAGAGGAAAGUCUCUCCUGAGGUGUCUCUGUUCCAGAAGGACUCUUCUUCUGCAGUGGUGUGUCAUGCUACAGGUUUCUUCCCCAAAGCAGUGAUGAUCUCCUGGCAGAAGAAUGGAGAGGAUCUGCAUGAGGACGUGGAGCUCAGAGAGACGCUACCCAACCAGGAUGGAACCUUCCAGAAGAGGAGCGUUCUGACUGUCUCACCUGAGGAGCUGAACAGGAAUCAGUACAGCUGUGUUGUUCAGCAUGGUGGACUGGAGGAGGAGAUGGUGCUGCCUGUGACUGAUCGCAGAGUCCUGAGAGGUGGAUCUGUGGGUGUCACUGUUGGCUCAGUCGUGGGUGGUCUUCUUCUCCUUGUCAUCGUUGUUAUUUGAGUGUUUGUGUGGAAG